AUGUCUCGCAGCCUUUGCCUAUUCCUUGCGCUUGUCUCGCUAACACAUUCAUUCAGUCUUGGGAAUUACUACGUUGGUGCGUUACCGUACAGGUUUAUGGAUUCACCCUAUGAAAAUCGCAUAGCGUUUGGACAGUGGCGUGGUGGAAGAGACUUCCCAGUGGGUGACAGUGCAUUGCAGAAAGACAAAAAAGACACAUUGCCGAUGAAGCGAUUCAAACCCUGCUACUACAGUCCUAUUCAAUGUUUGAUCAAGAGAAGGUAG